AUGAUCGGUCAGAUAGUGCUCUAUACAUUAUUAGCAAUUCUUUCAUUGAUAGUUAUCAUUAUCUAUUUCAAAUUGGUUCGACCCGAGAAAAAAUUAUAUGAUGCAUUAAUCGCACAGGGUGUAAGCGGGGAACCAUUUAUCCCAUUAGUUGGUCAGCUUCCUCAAUUUCUUCGAUAUCAAAAAAUUGAUAAGUUGAUGGAAUUUCUACAAGAUCUGAGUCAAAAGCAUGGCCAUGUUUUUUUAUAUGGUUUCGGUCCACUCACUCGUAUUACGAUUAAUGACCCUACUUUACUUGCUGAUGUACUUAGUCGAAACAAUGCACAAAAUUAUAUUAAACCACCUCUUUUUAAUACGAUAUUUAUACCACUAAUUGGUCGUCAUAAUUUGUUAGUUGCUGAAGGUGCUGAACAUGAACGAGCUCGUCGAAUGAUUAAUCCAGCAUUUCAUCAUAUUAGUCUAAAAUCCAUGGUUUCAAUCAUAUCCAAUCAAACAGCUAAAGCAAUCGAGGCGCUACUUUCAAAAUGUAAUUCAGAUAAACAAAAACACGAACCAGUUGAUUUUCAAAUUGAAUUAAAUGCUCUUGCAUUAUCUAUUAUUGCAUCAAGUGCAUUCGGAUCUGGGUUUGAAACAAUUACUAAUGCAAAAGAUAUCAUUGGUCGAAUAUUUAUUGAAAUACUUGAUGCUAUUGCUUAUCGUUCAAUGAUUAUGGUGAAUCAAAUACAUUUUCUUUCACGAUUACCGUUUUGGAAAAAGGAUGUAGUCGAUAAAGGAGUACGAAUGGUUGGUAAAUUAGUUGAUCAAAUUAUCGCUGAUCGUCGACAAGGACGAUCAUCUAGUAUGUCUACUGGUGCUGAUCUUCUGGAUUUAUUGUUAUCAGCUGUCGAUGAUGAAGGAGUGCCAUUCACUGAUCAAGAAAUUAAAGAGGAAUCACUCACCUUUGUAAUUGCGGGAAGUGAAACAACUGGAAAUCUAAUGACAUGGAUGUUGUAUGUUUUAAUGACCAAUGAAAAUGUUUUAGAAGCUUGUCGAGAAGAAGUCGAUCGAGUUUUACCCAAUGGAAUAGAGCCUACGAAUGAACAUUUAGCUGAUCUUGUAGUAUGCGAAGCAGUUAUUAGUGAAACACUUCGUCUUUAUCCACCGGCCGUAUUAUUCUUACGCCAUUGUGUACGUGAACAUACUAUUGGCACUACUGAACGUAAAAUACAAAUACCCGAGGGAACAACAAUCAUUGUCAACAACUUCGUGCUUCAUCGUCGAAGUGAUCUAUGGUCUCGCCCACUUGAAUUCGAUUAUACUCGUUGGAUGCGUGAUCCUACAACGAAUCAAAAACCGAAACUAGCUCAUCCAUAUGCUUAUCUUCCUUUUGCAGCUGGACCACGUAAUUGUAUCGGACAAAACUUCGCAUUAUUAGAAGCUAAGAUAAUGUUAGCAACGUUUGUACAAAGAUGUAAUUUUGAGAUGGUACCAGGACAAAAGAUUGUACCUGAUAUUAAAAUCACUAUGCGAACGAAGUAUGGAUUGUUGGCUAAUAUUAGUCAACGUAAAAUAUAA